CGUCCACCUCUUUCCCCCAAGAACACUCAAUUCAUCCUCAAAAUGUCUAACGUUUACUUCGACGUCACGGCUGAUAACCAGCCCCUUGGCCGCAUCGUGUUCAAGCUCUUCGACGACGUCGUCCCCAAGACCACGAGGAACUUCCGUGAGCUUGCCACUGGCCAGCAUGGCUUUGGCUACGCCGGAUCUCCCUUCCACCGUGUUAUCCCCAACUUCAUGCUUCAGGGUGGUGACUUCACCAAGGGCAACGGCACCGGUGGCAAGUCCAUCUACGGAGAGAAAUUCGCCGACGAGAACUUCCAGCUGAAGCACACCAAGCCCUUCCUUCUUUCUAUGGCCAACGCUGGCAAGAACACCAACGGCUCCCAAUUCUUCAUCACGACCGUUGUCACCAGCUGGCUCGAUGGUGCCCACGUCGUUUUCGGCGAGGUUGUUGAGGGCCAGGAUGUCGUCAAGGCUGUCGAGGCUCUCGGCUCCUCGAGCGGUGCUACCAAGAAGAAGAUCGCCGUCUCUGCUUCCGGCACCGUCUAAACAGGCUAUCGCGGAGGAUAGCUAAACCCAGAAUAGCAAACACUUAAGCAAUCAAACUGAGCUUCAAUGCACUCAGUGCAGUCCUCGAAAUGAGGCUGCCUAUGUGAUCCACAUCAUAUGUUGUCAUCAUUUAAUCCUUCCAGCGUAGACUAAACCCAAUCGCACGAGGAAUGCGGUGUGAUCGUGGAGUACGAAGGUGUGCCUGCACGCCUAAGUAUAGUCGAUGAUCCUGCACACUGGUCCCUGACGACGGCCCUGUAGACAAUCAUAAGUUUUGGCCCCAAUGAUAUUCUUU